AACCUAAAAAUUUCAAAUGAAAUGUCAUAAUCAAAUCAAAUCAUUUAAAUUAUAAUUCCAUCUCAAUAUCCUCAUUUUGUUGCGUAUCUAAUAAGUGGGCGUUUCUCAUGACAGAUUCUGAAUAAGUUUUAAUUUAGGAAAUUUUAUACCUAUAGCAAUUAAUUAAAGGGACUUAGGACAUUUUUUUUAACGAUCAUGUCGGUCACAAUACACACAGAUCUUGGAGAUUUGAAGAUUGAAUUGUUUUGUGAAUAUUGUCCUAAGACUUGUGAGAACUUUUUGGCAUUGUGUGCGAGUGAUUACUACAACGGCAGCAUGUUCCACAGAAACAUCAAAGGAUUUAUUGUACAAACUGGCGAUCCCACAAACACUGGCAAAGGUGGAAAUUCAAUUUGGGGCAGAAAAUUUGAAGAUGAGUUCAAGGAAAAUCUUAAACACACUGAGCGAGGUAUGGUAUCCAUGGCUAAUAACGGACCCAAUACCAACGCGAGCCAGUUUUUCAUUACCUACGCGUCACAGCCCCAUCUAGACCUCAAGUAUACUCUAUUUGGCAAAGUAAUUGACGGUUUUGACACACUAGAUGACCUGGAAAAACUACCUGUGAAUCCAAAAAACUACAAGCCUCUAACAGACACCCGCAUCAACGGUGUGACCAUUCAUGCCAACCCAUUGGCUGGUUAAGCAUCGUCUGCUAGAUAACUAUUCUGUUUUGACCCUUUGAUUGGUAAACCAAUACAACUACGGUUAGGAAGAGUAGAACACUCCUUUUUUAAGAAGUUUCAGAAGUACAUGUUGUAAGUCUUACUUGUAACUUUAGCAUAUACCUGAUGUAAAUAAUUUUCUUAAGGUAAAGAUUAUUACAUUUUUAUAUUUUUAAAUACAAA